AUGUUGUCUGAAUACUUCCUUAAAGUCAGAGAGCGUCAGAUGGCUCGAGAGCGCGAGAACCGUCUUUUUAAGGCGUUGUUUCACGAGAUGAAACAAGCUGCCAAGGUCCAGUCCGUCCCGACUGACGGCUCUCCUCCCGAUGUCUUUCAAAACAUCGCCACGUGGGAGACUGUCAAAGGUCGAAACCCGAAAAAGGUUCUCCUGAGCGACGAGGAGAUGGACGCCCUCAUCGUAAGUGCCGAAGGGGAGCCGAUUCGCGAGGAGCUCGCCACGAAGCUAGGCAGAUGCUUGCAGCUCAAGGUUCAGUGGAAGCACUUUGAGAAACACGACGCCUCCUUCAAGGAUAUGUCAGUGAACAUCGAGAAGUCCGAGAAGGAGCUCAUCGGGGACGUGCUUGAGGAAGUGGAGAACGAGCAGCUCGGUUAGUUACGAAAUGAAUGAAGCCUAUGAAUAAGAAGACGUUGCAGCGAUCGUCGGGACCGUUCAUGAUGAUCACAGCGGAGACCCAGAGACUGACUAA